AUGUCAGCAGAUGCGAUAUGUGAGCUGCCUCAAAUUUCGGAGGGCCACAGAAAAAGUGUUACAUCUUCAUUACUUUCCGUCCGCCUGCCUCCUUCCCCACCAAAGUCAGUCGACGAUGGCAGUGAGAAGUCUGAUCACUCAGCAGCUCCAUCACGAAGAGCAAGCCAUGCCCCGUUACAUUCCCGAUAUCCUCUUCCGCCACCAACUACCAUACCUACAGAAAUUUUGAAAGAAGACCUCAAGACCCCAGACAACCACGUUCCCAGGGACCCGCGUCCGAUAAGACUUACCGGAAUACAUCCUUUCAACGUCGAAGCUCCCUUGAGCGCUCUAUACGACGAGGGAUUUCUCACAUCACCCGAGCUUUUUUAUGUCCGGAAUCAUGGUGCAGUACCGCAAGUGGAUGAUGCCUCUAUCCCAGACUGGGAAUUCUCAAUCGAGGGAUUGGUUGAGAGACCAAUCACCAUGACACUGAAACAGCUUAUUGCAGAAUAUGAGCAGAUCACAGUUCCGAUCACCCUUGUUUGUGCUGGAAAUCGACGGAAGGAGCAGAACCAAGUUCGCAAAUCGAAGGGAUUUUCUUGGGGCGCCGCCGGGGUUUCGACUGCUCUGUGGACUGGAGUUCCCAUUAGGGAGCUCAUCCAAAGAGCCUGUCCGAUGAGAGGAGCAAAAUAUGUUUGCAUGGAAGGAGCUGAUAAACUGCCCAACGGCUACUACGGCACAAGCGUGAAACUGAAUUGGGCAAUGGAUCCAAAUCGAGGCAUCAUGCUCGCUCAUAAGAUGAACGGGGAGAUGCUACGGCCUGAUCACGGGAAGCCUCUGAGGGUUGUGGUUCCAGGUCAAAUCGGUGGUCGAAGUGUGAAGUGGCUAAAGAAACUUGUUGUCACAGCGGCACCGAGUGAUAAUUGGUAUCACAUUUAUGAUAACCGUGUACUUCCCACGAUGAUCAGUCCUGAGCAGAGCGCGAAUGAGCCGAAAUGGUGGACAGACGAGCGACAUGCGAUCUAUGAUUUGAGUACUAAUAGCGCAACUGUUUAUCCAGCACACAAUGAACAAGUCAGUCUGGACCAUAGACGACGGUCUUAUAAAGUCAGGGGAUAUGCCUACGGUGGUGGUGGAAGAAGAGUAACCCGAGUUGAAGUGACAUUAGAUAAAGGCAAGUCAUGGGAAUUGGCUAACAUCAGAUACCACGAAGACGAUUACCGAGAAAAUCUGAAUGAGAACGAGAAACUUUAUGGCGGGAGACUUGAUAUGGAAUGGCGGGAAACAUGUUUUGCGUGGUGUUUUUGGGAUAUUGAUUUGAGAAUCGAGGAUAUGGCCAUGGCUGAUGAUAUCAUGGUGCGAGCGAUGGAUGAGAGUAUGAAUGUGCAGCCAAGGGAUAUGUACUGGAGUGUACUUGGUAACCAAUUCCUUUUCUUCCGCCCUCCUAGUAGUUAAAAAAUCGACGUUGAAAAUUACUGAUUGCUCCCCCUUUUCUAAAAAGAGGAUGCUCGGCUAAUCUGUUGUAGGCAUGAUGAAUAAUCCUUGGUACCGGAUCACCAUCACCAAGGAGGGACAUUCUCUGAAAUUUGAUCACCCAACACAACCAGCACUAAUACCUGGGGGAUGGAUGGAAAAGGUAAAAGCAAGAGGUGGGGACUUGUCAAAUGGAUACUGGGGAGAGAAAAUGGGAGGAGAAGCAGAGGAAGAGGUCGUCAUGCAAAAGGUUGAGGAUGUCAAGAUGACAAAAGAAGGCCUUGACAACAAUAUCUCAAUUGCCCAGCUACGAAAACACGAUGACGAGAAAAACCCUUGGUUUGUUGUCAAUGGGGAAGUCUACGAUGGUACUGCAUUUUUAGAAGCUCACCCGGGAGGAGCAACAAGUAUCGUCGGUACUGCAGGGCAAGACGCCACCGAUGAAUUCAUGGCGAUUCGUAACUUCUCUCGUCGCUGGAAUUAAAAGCUACGCUAACCAUUAUUUCCAGAUUCGGAAACAGCCAAAGCGAUGAUGCCCACCUACCACAUCGGCUCCCUAGACGAAGCCUCCCGCGCUAUCCUCGCAGACGGAGAGAACCUAACCAUAGAAUCAACCACACCACGUUCUACAUUCCUCCGAAAUAAAGCCUGGACCAAAGCUGUCCUUAAGUCCAAAAAAGAUGCAUCCUCUGAUACGCGAAUCUUCACUUUUACACUCGAGCACACUGACCAAACAGUCGGUCUCCCAAUCGGUCAACACCUAAUGAUGCGACUUCGCGACCCCUUCACCCGAGAAGCAAUAAUCCGCCCCUACACCCCAGUCUCUGAAGGAACUAACAAAGGAACCCUCGACGUCCUCGUAAAAAUUUACUUUGACACACCCGAACAAGCUGGUGGCAAGAUGACAAAAGCUCUUGACGCUAUCCCCAUCGGCCACUUUGUAGAUUUCAAAGGCCCAAUCGGGAAGUUCGAAUACCUAGGACAUGGAAACUGCACUAUUUCCUCCAAAGCCCGAUUUGUUAAAAAAUUCAUUAUGAUCUGUGCUGGGUCGGGAAUCACACCGAUUUUUCAAGUUCUAAGAGCCGUAUUGCAAAAUGAGAAGGAUGAGACCAAGUGCCUUGUUUUGAAUGGGAAUAGACUUGAGGCUGACAUACUAUGUCGUGAGGAGAUUGAUGGGUUGGUCAAAGGGAGGGAGGAGAGGUGUAGGUUGAUCUAUGCUUUGACCCAGCCGGAUGAGAAGUGGAUGGGAGCCAAAGGAAGAGUAGGAAGGGACUGGUUGGAAAAGGAGGUCGGUAGUUAUACUGGUGGGGAAGAAAUGAUUCUGAUUUGUGGACCGAAGCCCUUGGAGAAUUCUGUUAAAGGAAUUUUAAACGGCAUGGGCUGGAAAGACGAGACCUUGUUGUUCUUUUAG